AUGUUUAAAUCCGCUCAGUUGCUCGACACCCGGCGGUGCGACAGCUCUGAAACCAUGGCAGAAUCUUGUUCUAUGUUCCGCCCACCCCAGUCGCCAUUGACCACCACAUCUUCCACACCCGUCUCUCCCGCGGUCUCUAUGUUCUCGGCCAGAGGCCACACGCGGUUCUCUAGCUCCGUUUCGUCGCUAGUCUCGUCCCCAGGCCACGGAACCUCCAUGGAGAGCAAUUCGCGCAACCCACUAACCGGAGUGAAGGAAGAGCCCUGUGUGGGGCAACCCCGAGAUCUCGAGGAGGAAUAUUUCCAACACUUUGAUCAGGGAUUGUCUGUAGCCGAGGACACUUGUUUCGAACCUUUCGGUUCAGUUGGCAGCUACGACUUGACAGAUGCUGGCAUGGAUUUCAGCGAAUCGUCCAGAAUUGCAUGCUCUGAUAGCAAUCCAGCCAAGGGUCUUUCCCGUAUCAGCUCCCGCAUAUCUACUAUUUCCACGAGAUGGAAGUCCAAACGGGCCUCAGAUGGGAUUGACGGAGCGGAUGUAUUCGCAACGCACCUGCGUUCCCGAACCAACUCAGCAUCGUCGGCCAUCAUCAGCCCCGUGACAGGCUCGUUUAGCCGCGUCAGCUCCAUCCAAGUGCCACCAUCCCCAGCUCGGACAAUCUUUGAGGAGGAAAUCAGCGAGUGUGGCACGCAGCCAAUCAACAUUGUCCAUUCGAAUAGAUACAGUCAAGACGAAUCGGCUGCGCAGGCGACGACUCCAUUGCUUCCACCUUUCAUGGGGGACGAACCAUCCUACCCUGCCGCCUCUCGUGUUCAUUCCCCAUUGCAAUCACCUUCUGUGGCGGAUAUGACCGACGAUGGCAUGAACAGCUCCACCUUGUUGGAUAGGCGGUUGGCAGGCUUGCCCUCACCGCCUCUAUCCUCAAAGCCAUCAGUCGCCUCUUUCAGUCGUCCUCGGGCGAGCACGGUACGGACAGUGUCGGGUGAUGCGCCCCCAUUCACCCUCUCCGAUCCUAACGAUGAAUGGGCAAAUAAAUUGGGACACGCGAAUUUUACCAUCCAACCCGCGCCCUAUACGCCUGAAGUCAGCGACAUUGAUUCCCUCCAACGGUUUCGCACCAAUUGGGAUCUUGCACAAUGCAAUUUCGCUCGUCAUCUCGUACGCACAGGGGAACACUACGGUAUAACCUCAACAAUCUAUAGGCUCACCGAGGAAAAAUGGGAGGCGAUCAAUCGCAAGUGGAGGAGUCAUCAUGAGGCGAUGCUAUCUCACCUAAGAGUCACAGAGGGAGUGCGGUUAGACCUAGUCCCCUCUCACUGCGACCCUUGCGAUCCGAUCAAAUUACCGCGCUUGCAUGACGAUAAGUUUCCCGAAUUAGGCGACGGCGAGAUCGUCGGACCGAUGAAGAUCGCACCCGCCGCCACUGGAACGGGUCUGUGCCGGAGUCGCUCGAUCAAACGCAAUUUUGUCAAAUUUUUUCAGGAUCUCGUGAUUCGGUCCUGA